UUGAAAUGACACCGACCGCGCUGGUUUUGAAUUCGCUGCCCGCAAACUCUGAUUGCUAAUCGCUCCGUCCAUUUUCAUUCGCCCCUUUUCUCCUUUCGCCAUCAGAUCGCGGUUUGCUUCCGCCGCUCGUCAAACCCCUGACCCUCUCUCCGAUUUCCGGCCGCUAUGAGCGCCGCCACUCUUCCGGCCACCGGCGGGAGGGAGCUCUCCGACCCACCCUCCGAUGGCAUCUCCAACCUCCGCUUCUCCAACCACAGCGACCUCCUCCUCGUCUCGUCGUGGGACAGGAGUCUUCGUCUUUACGAUGCCGGCGCGGACGCUCUCAAGGGGGAGUUCGCGCAUGUUGGCCCUGUCCUCGAUUGCUGCUUCCAUGAUGAUUCAUCGGGCUUUAGUGCCUGUGCCGACCAUAUGGUCAGAAGGUUUGUCUUUGGUUCUGGCAAGGAGGAUAUUUUAGGACGCCAUGAUGCUCCUGUCCGUUGUGUUGAAUACUCUUAUGCAACAGGCCAAGUAAUUACUGGAAGUUGGGACAAGACACUGAAAUGCUGGGAUCCUAGAGGUGCAAGCGGCCCAGACCAUGCACUUGUUGGGACAUAUCCACAACCUGAACGAGUGUAUUCUCUUUCCUUAGUUGGUCAUCGUUUAGUAGUUGCUACUGCAGGAAGGCAUGUGAAUGUCUAUGAUUUGCGCAAUAUGUCUCAACCAGAACAACGAAGGGAAUCAUCAUUAAAAUAUCAAACUAGAUGUGUUCGUUGCUAUCCCAAUGGCACAGGUUUUGCUCUUAGUUCUGUCGAAGGUCGAGUAGCUAUGGAGUUUUUCGAUCUAUCAGAGGCUGCUCAAGCGAAGAAGUAUGCGUUCAAGUGCCACCGUAAAUCGGAGGCUGGGAGGGACACUGUUUAUCCUGUCAAUGCAAUUGCGUUCCAUCCAAUCUAUGGGACAUUUGCUACUGGAGGUUGUGAUGGUUACGUUAAUGUGUGGGAUGGCAACAAUAAGAAAAGACUUUAUCAGUAUUCAAAAUACCCGACAAGCAUUGCUGCAUUAUCCUUCAGCAGAGAUGGCCGUCAGCUUGCUGUGGCAUCUAGCUACACAUUUGAGGAGGGUGACACACUUCAUGAGCCUGAUACCAUCUUUGUCCGGAAUGUAAAUGAAGUAGAAGUCAAGCCAAAGCCCAAGGCUUUACCUGCACCACCUCCAUAACUAUAGUUCUUGCAGCAAGGAAAUUGCACCUUGAAUGGAUAUUUGGAGUGAUGGUUCUGCCUGCGUCAGCUGCUGUCCUUUGAAUGGUUACUAAGCUACUAUGAAUACGAAAAAUCUUGUAAGGAAACCAAAACUUGUGAUUUCUUUCUUUUCUUUUCUUUUCUUUUUUUCUUCAGGCAGUGUUCUAGAGACCAUUUUCCUUGAUCAUCUUGUUGUAGCUAUCUGGAUAAUGAUUGUCAUUAUGUUGCUGGUUUUGAUCCAAUGUUUCACCGUCAAUGAAGUAUGGUCUUCAUUGCUGUUGUUGUUAA